AGAUAGUGUGAGAGAGAGAGAGAGUAAUAGUAAAUGUUUUGAUUUGUUUUGUGUAUUGAAUUCAAAAAAAACAUUUCAAACGAAAAAAAAACAUAAAAUAAAAUCACAAAACAUUACAAAAACAAUAACAACAAUAACAUCGACGACAACACCGACGACAACGACAACAAUGACAAUAAACUUCUUGUGUUGCGAUUGUCUAUCACCACAACAGGUGGACAUCAAUCAUAUAUCAAAGCCGCGAAAGUGUACCGAUUUGUUAUGUCUGGCCGUUUUCCUACUAUUUUGGGCACUAUUGAUAUUUAUAGCCGCCUUUGCCUUUGUUAUCGGCAGUCCGUCCCGUCUGAUUCACGGUUCGGAUUCGUUCGGCAACACCUGUGGCCACUUGAAUAGUCCGAUGUUAGACGAACCGCAACUGUCUGGUCUCGAUAUGACUGAUAAACCUUAUCUCUAUCAUUUGGAUCAAACCAAUCCACAGGAAUCGCUUAGAAUAUGUGUCCGCGAAUGUCCUCGUCGGCAACUGGACAACGUAGCCGAUAUCUACUUGUUUUAUAGACAAACCCAGUCGUCGCUGUGUCGAUAUGACUACAAUUUUACCACCACUACAGCCGAACCGUUUGACCAGCAGUUUGCCCGUAACGAUCAGGCAAUGGCCCGUUUCUCAAAUACUGGUCCCUGUCCUACAUCGCCGGUUCAUUCAACUCGACCAAUACUCUACCGAUGCGUACCCGAACUGGCCGUAACUCAGGGCCAAGCGUUUGGCCAUACAGUCUACGAAUUCAUAUCCAGUUACGUACCGUUCAAAAAGGUUAUCAGCGAUUUGGUUAACUCACACAAAGAGAUGUCUAUUGCCGUCGCGGUCUCAGUCGCGGCCGCUUUUCUAUCGGCAUUUGUCAUACAUUUUGUUGCCGGCAUUGCUUCGUGGCUUAUACUGACAUUGGUGUCCAUUGCGCUCAUCGCACUAACCGUAUUUAUGUGGUACGCCUACAUAGACAUUAGGCUUCACUUGAAUAAGCUAUCCGUCGACAAACAUCUGCCAUUCCUUCAGGAAGAUGCCGACAACGAACAGAUAGUCCUAUGGAUGGCCAUCAUUACCACUGGUGUAUCAGUUAUACUAUUGUUGAUAACCUGUGCACUCAGGACACGGGUACGAUUUGUUGUUGCCCUGUUCAAGGAGGCUGCCCACUGUAUCCGAUCGAUGCCAUUGAUACUGUUCCAACCCGUAUGGACACUACUAUCGCUUAUGAUAUUUAUGAUGUUCUGGUUGGCCGUCAUGUUGGCAUUGGCUACCGCCGAGUAUGCCCGACAAGAAAAACGUGAUUUGGUUGCACUGCGUAUAAGCGAUAGGCAAAUGGAACCGACCACUGCCCGAUUGGCCACAUUCACGCUGAUUGAUUACCGUGAUGCAUCCUGGAUACAAUAUAUGUGGUGGUAUCUGAUUAUUGCAUUCAUAUGGACUUCAGAGUUUAUAUUGUCGUGUCAGCAAAUGGUUAUUGCAGGCGCUGUCAGUCAAUGGUAUUUCAGUCGCGACCGAACCCAAGUCCACUGUCCAGUUGGUGUAGCCAUACGGCGACUGUUUCUCUAUCAUAUGGGAUCCAUAGCCAAGGGAUCGUUUUUGAUAACAAUGUUCAAACUGCCCCGUCUGGUGCUAACCUAUAUGCACAAAAAACUUCAAGGUUACGACAAUUGUGUGGCCCGGGGCUGCCUAUGGACAUGCAAUUGUAUACUGUGGCUGAUCGAAAGGUUUAUCAAAUAUCUGAAUCGUAACGCCUAUACGGUUAUCGCUAUCGAAGGACUGGACUUCUGUGCGUCGGCACAGAUAGCCUUCAAUGCCAUUGUUACCAAUGCCCUGCGUGUGGCCGCCAUCAACAGUGUCGGCGAUUUUGUACUGUUUUUGGGCAAAAUUAGUGUAGCGGCCAUUGCCGGCCUGACCGGCGCUUUGCUGAUGAAGGGUAAUCCAAUGCUACACUACUGGUCGGUACCGACUAUUGUCGUAGCCGUUGUCGGCUUCUGGAUCGCCCAUUCAAUACUGUCGGUCUACGAGAUGAUUAUCGAUGCAUUGUUUCUAUGUUUUUGUAUCGACUAUAACACUAACGAUGGGACACCAGGCAAGGAGUAUUACGCACCGGCAUCGCUGAUGGAGUUCCUAACCGGCGAGGAAGUGGACAAUGCACUCAAACCGAUGCGCUCGACUAUACGGUCCGAUUUGUAAAUUACCGGUACAUUACAUACCGUUCCUCACCGUAUGUUUAGUAUGUAUUGAACAGUACAUAAUUGAAACUAUAAUUACAAACAAACAAACAAAAUAUUGAUUUCAAUAUUUAUAUACUUAUAAUAAACGC